AUGGACUGGCACGUCUUCACCGACGGGCACGUCAUCAUCAUCACCGACGAGCACGCGGUGCUGCCCAAAGGCAUGACGCGCCUGCCAGAUGAGGCGUUCCAGGGCCGCACCUCUCUCGUCUCGGUCGCCUGCCCGCGCAGCCUCGUCUCCAUCGGCGACGACGCCUUCUGCGGCUGCUCCUCGCUCGUUUCAAUCAAGCUACCACAACGUCUGGAGAUCAUCGGGGACGCAGCAUUCUCGGGCUGCUCCUCCCUCACCGACAUCAGCCUCCCGCGCACAGUGCGCUCGCUCGGGAUCUACGCCUUCUGCAGCUGUGCCUCCAUAAACAGCGUCACCUUCCGUGCCGGCAAGGCUUCCAUCGGCUGCUUUUCGCAGUGCUCCAGCCUGGUCUCCGUCAACAUCCUCGACGGCCUCGAGUCCAUCGAAAAGUACGCCUUCGCCCGCUGCUCCUCCCUCGCCCGCGUCACCUUCCCCGCCACCCUCACCUCCAUCGGCGACUACGCCUUCGCCAACAGCCACUGCCUCACCUGCGUCACUGUGCCAACCACCGCCACCAUCAGCGCGCACGCCUUUCCGCCCGCCACCACCGUCCUCCGCCUCUCGCCCAAGAGGAUGCGCGACCUGCAGCGCUGGUACGAGGCGGUGGACGGGGCUCUGGCCUACAAGCGCUGCCGCCCCCUUCUCUACGGCUGGCUAGAGCGGGCCCAGAUCAGGCUCGGCUCUUAUGGCCCGGACGGUGCGGCGCGCCAGCGCGACUUUGAGGAGUUCGAGGGCGACUUUGCGCCGUGGUUGUAG